UAGGCAACUGUCGAGGUACAACGGAGAAUCAGACAGGCACGUUCGUAGAAGAAGGCUUUCAUAUUUUGGACUAGACCCACCAGGAGGACACGCGGUAUGGAAAGGGAGAUCAGAGGAUGACGAUGAGAAGAAAUUUCGUCAUCGGCCUGUUUUUGAUGAAACCUAAAUAUGGACUGGCAAUAUCACUGUGUCUCUGCAUCGUCACCGUCAUCAUCAGCCUCUACUUCCUGGACGACCUCACACUCAAGGUGCCGCUAGUGCAACUCGAAGUCUUUCCUAAACCUGAAAAAGAAGCCCUCUCUCAGAACAUCAACGUACCAGUCCACGCUCCUGUGAUACUGAACGACAUCGAGAUAGAAGUAGCCAACUCCAGCAGCGAACAAAUCCCCCAACACGCGUGCGUCGAACUGAAAAACAUAUCGCGACACCUACAGCUUAACGCUCUCAUCCCUAGCAAUCGUGAUAGGAUUCUACUCAAUCAUUUCCAAAAUACAAGUGUGCACAGAACAAACUCCAAUCGUGAGAAAUAUAUAAUUUAUUAUUGCCGAAAAAAUAUCACGUGUUGCGGAUGGGGAGAUCGGCAGCAUGGGAUAUUAUCAGCGUAUGUUAUAUCUUUAGUUACAAACCGAACAUUUGGAGUGGAUAUGUCAUCUCCAUGUUUGUUAUCCAAUUUAUUCCACCCUAGGAAAUUGAACUGGAAAAUAAAUUCAACGCUACUUCAAGGUCUUUCAACCAAAUAUUUAUACACAGUUAACGAUAAAGUCUUUCGACAGCUGAUCGGUCAGAUCGACUUUGAUGCUGUGUAUCCACAAGAUGUUGUAUACCUUACAACUAACUAUGACUAUUUCUACGCCUUGAAAAAUAAUCCUUACUACAAGACGAUAUUUCGUCAAAAACUGAAAACCAAGCCACGACCAAUCGUGUUUGCCGAUUUGUGGCAGAAUAUCUUCAAGCUCAAUAGGCGGGUGAAGAGACGAUUGACAACAGCGUUGGCCAAAGCAAAGCCUACGCAGAACUUCAAGCUUGUUUGUGCUCAUUUACGAUUCGGUAAGAAUCCCACGCUACCAUGGGACUCGGAAGUGAGGAAUACUAUGGAGUCCGUCUCCGUGGUGUGGGACUUCUUCAAGAAAUAUAACGAUCAUCAUCGCUAUAGAAUAUUUGUCGCAAGCGACUCUGACAAUGUUCGCUCAAAAGCUAUGGAACUCUUUCCUUUACAGAAUGUUGAAAUAGAGGGGGAUAUCAUUCAUAUCGAUAAAACAAAAAGAAUAAAAGUUGACCCUUGUGUUGGCUUCGAGAAGGUACUAGCUGAUCAGUACUUCUUGAGCAUGUGCGAUGUGCUUGUGUUAACCUAUAGUGUGUUCGGUAAAGCGGCUGCCUACAUGAGGAGGUCAAACAAUGACCUCUAUUUUUUAGAAGAUGGACAGAUAAAGCCGUUGAAGGUCUUCAAUGACCGAUUUUUGCUUGAGAAUGGUCAGUCGAAGUCUUGAUGAACAUUAACUGGAACUGUCGCUAGUCACAGCAAAUAUCCACACAAGUUGAAUGAAAACAUGCUGUUAUGAUCUUCAGAUUGCUCUUAUUGAUUUAUAAUUUAUUCAGUUUUAUUCUGUUCAAUGAAAUGGAAGUCUUGUUUUGAUAUAGGUAGAGAAUUAAUGAAACUGAAUUCUUAUCAAAUGGUGGGGUUUUUUCAAAUUAAGACCAGAUGGGUUUUUUAAGAUUGGUUUACAAAUUCGCCAACUUCCAAAAAUGGAAAUGUGACAAAAUUAAAAGAUUGAGUUUUUUAUUCUGCCAACCUGAAACGAGUAGAAGUAUAUCAAGUAUAGUCAUGUAUGCAUUACUAAUUUUAUUAAAUGUUUAUUAUACUAAAAAUAAAUAAAUAUCAAAUUUAAUAUCAAAUUUAAACCUGUUUAAAAUUCAUGUUAUAAACUUUUCUUCUUACCAUCCUAACAUUUUUUUCAAAUAAAAAAAAGUUUUUUUGAAGUCAUAUUUAUGUUCAGAUUGUAAACCAAUCUUUUAAAAAGGUCUGGCAUCAUGUUUGUGUGUAUGAAGACAUUGUGAUAUCAUUCUGUCAAAAGGGGAAGAUAACAUUUUUCUUGGGGCAAACUAUUUGGCUCUUUUAAAAUCAAAAUCAUGUUGCUAAAACUGUUUUCUGUUUCAUCUUAAUUUUUAGCUCAAUCUUUCAUUUUCUUCAUUUUCAUAAACCAACAAAAGAAAAGAUUUUACAUUA